AUGGCUGAAGGGGAUAAUAUAUCAACGUUUAGUGCUGAUGGAGGUCAAGAUACCGUGGGGCUUCCUAGAAUAGUAAUGGUUACCGAAGGAUCUGACACUUCGGCGUCUUCGGCUUCAUCAACAUCUCCUAGCGAAGACAACUGGGCGGACCUUAUCAAGUCGUCAGAAAUACCGCCGGAGUACUGGCAUAUACAGAAACUGGUGAAAUAUAUGAAAGCCGGUAAUCAAACGGCAACAACGGUGGCGCUAUCUUGUCUGAAAGACCACGACUUGACUGUGGAAGUUAAUCAACGAGCUAUUCAAGAAAUCGGAGGCUUAGAGCUUCUUGUGAACUUGCUGGAGACAAGAGAUUUGUGUUGUAUAUUAGGUGGCUUGGCUGUUUUAAAAGAUAUAACCCCUAAUAUAGAGAUAAGGAAGAAAGUGACCGAUCUAGGUGCGAUUCCAUUAUUAGUGGGAUUACUGUCGGAUCCUGCAAGGGAUGUACAAAUACUGGCAGCUGAAACAAUAGCUAAUUUAGGUCGUAUACGCAAAAGCAGAAAGUUCUGUCGGAAAUUCGGUGGAAUACCGAAGCUUAUUGAUCUUCUCGAUAUUAAGGAACGAUGUAUUAUUACAUCACGUGAAGAGUUGAACCAAGAUGAACUACAAUACCUCGAUAUUGCCAGAGCCGGAGCUAAAGCUUUAUGGUCAAUGUCAGCAUCUCAACGUAACCGCGAGGCAAUGAGAAAAUACGGGAUGAUACCUCUUAUAGCAAAAAUGCUAAAGACCAUACACCUUGAUGUCGCGGUUCCAACAGUUGGCUUAUUACAAAUGUGUGCCAAUGAAACCUCUUUUCAACUGGCCAUACAGACGGAAAGAAUGGUCAACGACUUGAUCAAACACUUGGCAAAUGAGGAUAAAGAUUUAAAGACAUACUGUAGUUUAGCGAUUUAUAAAUGUGCCAGUGAUGCGAUAACACGAGACAUGAUCCGCGAAGCCGGAGGCUUGGAGCUCUUGGUAGAAGCUGCACAAGACUCCACCAACCGACCCAACAAGCCAUUAUUGGCAGCAGUAACUGGUGCACUGUGGAAAUGCGCUAAUAGUGACGCGAGCGUGAAAAAACUAGAUCAUUUGGGCGCGGUACCGAUCCUUGUUCGAUUAUUGGACGACGAGAAUGAUGGAGUAUUGACUAAUGUCGCUGGAGCUUUAGCGGAAUGCGCGAAAUUUCCUCAGAAUAGGGAUAAAAUUAGAAGUGCUGGCGGUAUACCAUUAUUAAUUCAUCAUCUCAACAACACGUACAAGCCACUAUUGGAAAACGUUCCUUUAGUUUUAAUGGAAUGUGCUAAGGAGCAAAAUUGUAUGGCCGAGAUCGACGAAUUGGACGGAGUCAGGCUAAUUUGGUCCCUGUUGAAGAACGACUCGAAGAAAGUUCAAACGAAUGCAGCGUUAGCGCUGAGUCCGUGCGUACAGAACGCUGCUGAUUCUGGAGAAAUGGUGCGGUCGUUUGUAGGCGCACUAGACCUAACCGUCGAUCUACUGGAUUCGGAUGACAACAAUGUGCUGUCAGCCAUAUGUGCCGCUAUUGCUACAAUAGCUAGAGACCACGAGAAUCUAGCAGUGAUAUCUGAUCACGGUGUGGUGGCGAAACUUUCAAAGCUUGUGAGUACAACAGACGAUCAUCUCCGCGCGAACUUGGGCGUGGCGAUUGCGUAUUGCUGCGACUGGGCCCAGAACAGGCAGGAGUUUGGCAAACGUGGAGCCAUCACACCUCUCGUCAAUUACAUGACGUCAAGAGAUCCGAACGUCCACCGAGCCACAGCCCUCGCUCUAUAUCACCUGUCAUUCUACUCCAUCAAUUGCGUUACAAUGCACGCAGCCGGAGUUGUACAAUUCUUGUUGGAGACAAUAGGAUCGAAGGAUCCUAUACUGCAAGAGGCCUCUGCUGGAUGUCUCUGCAAUAUACGAAAACUUGCACUUGCAACAGAAAAAAUCAAGUUGAAACAGUAGAUUUUAAAAUAUGUAGCUUGCCCAUGUUUUUUUGUUAGCAAUAAAGU